CCUGCCGCCGCCGCUCGCAUGACGAGGGCGAAGGCGCAGCGCGGAGCCGCCGCCCCAGCGCGGCACGGCGCCCCCGCCUGAGCGCCGCGGGGCGAGGGGCACCCAUCCUGCCGCCUCGCCCGUCCCGCAGGGAGCCUGCGGGGCAGACCCCGCCCUCGGGACGGCGGCUGCCGCCAAGGUAGCUUUCAGUGUGUAUUGCACUGCUGCAUAUAAUGAUACGUGACAGGAUGCUGCUGAUGGGAUAGCCCCACCUUCUGGGAAGUCAAGAUAGUUUAUACUUGAAGGGUACUUGGACAUAUCUAGGACACCUGUUAACUUGAGUCAAGCUGGAAUUCUUGGGAAAAGCUGAGCAUUUACUUCCUGGCUGCUGGGAAAAGGUUCUGCUUUCAGGUUAUCAGAGAUGGUGAUUUGAAGAAUCAGAUUUCCGAUAUGAACAAACUAAAAACAUCGUCUGAAAAAAGUAUUUCUGCCAGCUCUCGGACUACAUCUUUGCUGUCACAGCUGGAGAAGAUCAAUUUGGACUCAGUAUCAGGAGAAGCAGGCAAUGCCAGAUAUGUUACCUCAAAGAUCCUUCAUCUGGUUCAGAGUCAAGAAAAAACCAGGAAGGAGAUGACUUCUAAGGGCUCCACUGGAAUAGACGUUAUCCUGUCAACCCUAGAGAAUACAAAAGAUCCUCAAACUAUUCUAAAUAUAUUGAAUAUUCUCAUUGAGGUAGUCUCAGUUGGUGGUGGUCGGAGAGCAGGCGUCUUGGUCACUAAAGGAGGGACACAGAUCUUACUGCAGCUGCUGUUGACUGCUAGCAAAGACUCUCCACUAAACGAAGAAUUAAUGGUGCUUCUUCAUACCCUUCUUGCAAAAAUUGGUCCAAAAGACAAAAAGAUUGGCAUGAAAGCAAGAAUUAAUGGUGUCCUAAACAUACCACUGAAUUUAGUGAGGCAGAAUUUGCAGAACCACAGGCUGGUAUUACCAUGUCUUCAAGUAUUAAGAGUUUACUCAACUAACUCUGUGAAUGCAGUGUCCUUGGGAAAGAAUGGAGUAGUAGAACUGAUGUUUAAGAUCAUUGGCCCUUUUAGUAAAAAGAACACAAGCCUUAUGAAGGUUGCUUUAGACACACUUGCUGCAUUGCUAAAAUCAAAAACAAAUGCCAGGAGAGCAGUAGACAAAGGAUAUGUGCAGGUGCUUUUAACGAUUUAUAUUGAUUGGCACCGUCAUGAUAGUCGACACAGAUACAUGCUGAUACGUAAAGGAGUUUUACAGUGCAUUAAAAGUGUUACAAGUAUCAAACUGGGAAGAAAAGCAUUCAUUGAUGCCAAUGGGAUGAAAAUUCUUUACAACACUUCACAAGAGUGCCUUGCAGUAAGAACUCUUGAUCCCCUUGUCAACACAUCCAGCCUAAUAAUGAGAAAAUGUUUUCCUAAAAAUCGUCUUCCUUUACCAACGAUUAAAAGUGCUUUCCAUUUCCAACUCCCGGUUAUUCCUACCAGUGGUCCUGUAGCUCAGCUGUACAAUUUGCCUCCUGACGUGGAUGAUGUAGUAGAUGAAAGUGAUGAUAACGACGAUGCUGAAACAGAAUCAGAAAUUGAAACCGAAAAUGAUGAUGACAAGGACCAACAUUUUAAGAAUGAUGAUAUUGAGACUGAUAUUGAUAAACUGAAACCUAGACAGGAAUUGGGAAGACCCAUAGAGGAACUGAAAAUGUAUGAGCAGUUUUUCCCAGAACUUUCAGAAAACUUUCAGGAAUGUGACUUAGUUUCCAAGGAACCAAAGCCUUUUGUACCUGAUGCAAAUAUGAGUGGGCCUAUUGUUGUUCCUACCGCAGGAGAGGAGCACCCUACUGAAGCAAAGCAGUCAAUGAAAGGAGUUGCUUUGAAGGAGAGCAAUCCUUUAUUGACAGAGGAAUACAAUAGAAGGCCAGCCUUUCUGGAACUACCAAAGAAAGACAGUAUCAAAGACAGUAGUUUACAUCAGCAAAACGAUGAAAGAAACCUGCUUCCGUCAUGCCAGUGUCUAAGCCAAGAAAUUGUGAAAGGGUUGGACAGAAUCAGUCUGCAGAACAAUGUGAAAAAUGAUCAGUACUAUGGUACAAGUUUUGUGAUAAAGAAGGAAAGCAAAGCUAGCCUUACCACAAUUGCUUGUAGUAAACCUUGUGAACAUGUUUCGCCUUGUGGAAGUAGCCUCUUUGAAGGAUCAUCUGUCCAGCUGGGAAAACUCUGCUGUGCCGGAGUGGAUUCAGAGGAGGAGGAUUCCAGAUCUAGUUCACCUGGGGAACAAGUUAUGCUUGAGGUUUCUGAUGUGUCACCAGUUCAUGACUGUGAUCUUUAUAUUGAAAUGGUAAAAAACACAAAGUCUAUUCCUGAAUAUUCAGAAGUGGCCUAUCCAGAUUAUUUUGGCCAUAUUCCACCCCCAUUUAAGGAGCCUAUUCUGGAAAGGCCAUAUGGAGUGCAGAGGACAAAAAUCUCUCAAGAUAUUGAAAGACUGAUUCAUCAAAAUGACAUUAUAGACAGAGUUGUAUAUGACCUUGAUAAUUCCAGCUGUUCAGUACCAGAGGAAGCAGAUGUUUUGAAGUUUAAUUCCAAAUUUGAAUCUGGAAACCUGCGCAAAGUUAUUCAGAUCAGAAAAAACGAGUAUGAUCUAAUUCUGAACUCGGAUAUAAAUAGCAAUCAUUAUCAUCAAUGGUUUUACUUUGAAGUCAGUGGAAUGAAAACUGGCAUCAGUUACCGGUUUAACAUCAUUAACUGUGAAAAGUCAAACAGUCAAUUUAACUACGGUAUGCAGCCCCUCAUGUAUUCUGUUCAAGAAGCAUUAAAUUCUCGACCAUCUUGGACUCGUGUUGGGACAGAUAUCUGUUACUAUAAGAAUCACUUUUCAAGAAGUUCAAUUGCUGCUGGAGGUCAGAAAGGAAAAUCUUAUUACACAAUUACAUUCACAGUGACUUUUCAGCAUAAAGAUGAUGUCUGCUACUUUGCUUACCAUUAUCCAUAUACAUAUUCAACUUUAAAGAUGCAUCUUCACAAGCUGGAAUCUAUGCACAACCCUCAACAGAUAUAUUUUCGGCAAGAUGUUCUCUGUGAGACUUUGGCUGGCAACAGUUGUCCCUUAGUCACUAUUACAGCCAUGCCAGAGUCCAAUUACUAUGAACAUAUCUGUCAGUUCAGGAAUCGUCCUUAUGUUUUCCUCUCUGCUCGUGUACAUCCUGGAGAGACUAAUGCGAGCUGGGUUAUGAAGGGAACGCUGGAAUACCUUAUGAGCAAUAAUCCAAGUGCACAAUGUUUACGAGAAUCUUAUAUUUUCAAAAUUAUUCCCAUGCUCAAUCCAGAUGGUGUCAUCAAUGGAAACCACCGUUGCUCUUUAAGUGGAGAAGAUUUAAACAGGCAGUGGCAAAAUCCAAAUCCAGAUCUGCAUCCCACUAUUUACCAUGCUAAAGGGUUACUGCAAUAUCUGGCUGCCAUAAAACGUUUACCUUUGGUCUACUGUGAUUAUCAUGGUCACUCUCGUAAAAAGAAUGUAUUUAUGUAUGGCUGCAGCAUCAAAGAGACAAUGUGGCACACAAAUGUUAAUGCUGCCUCUUGUGACGUGACGGAAGACCCUGGUUACAGGGCACUCCCCAAGAUCCUGAGUCAAACUGCCCCAGCAUUCUGCAUGGGCAGCUGCAGCUUUGUAGUGGAAAAGUCCAAGGAAUCAACAGCACGAGUUGUUGUGUGGAGAGAGAUAGGAGUACAAAGGAGCUACACAAUGGAAAGCACAUUAUGUGGAUGUGACCAGGGCAAAUAUAAGGGAUUGCAGAUAGGGACAAGAGAACUGGAGGAGAUGGGAGCAAAGUUCUGCGUUGGCUUGCUGCGUUUAAAAAGAAUGUCCUCACCUUUGGAAUAUGAUCUGCCUUCUAGUCUGUUGGAUCUUGAAAAUGAGCUGAUUGAGUCGAGCUGUAAAGUGACAAGCCCCACUACGUAUGUUUUGGAUGAAGAUGAGCCUCGUUUCCUUGAAGAAGUUGAUUACAGUGCAGAGAGUAACGAUGAUCAAGAUAUUGAAUUAGCUGAAAAUGUGGGUGAUUACGAGGCAGUUAAUCAAGAAGAUGGACUUUCAGACUCAGAUUCAACAAGGAUAUUCCUUUCUUGAACCAUCUUUGCAGCCAGUAAUAGAAAAUAAAGUAUUCUGGAUUUUCACAGUCAAAUACUUCCUCAUUCUUGUCUACUAAGGGGAUAUAGGCUUAAGGAAACACAAGUACCUGGGGCCUGCUUAACUCAAGGACAAUUUCUGAUUUCUGAUAAAUUUGCAUUUGUUUUAUUUAAGGAGGUCUGUGUUUUGUUUUAGCACUGAAUAGAUUAUUUACCGGUUCAUUUUCUACUAAAUAGCACUGCAUGGCAUUUUGUGUCUUUAAACACUAUAUUCAGAAAAAUGGGUUAUAAUUUGUGGUGUGUCAGAGUACAGAAACUAAUUCUUUGUGGUACGGUUCUUUGAAUUGCUUCCUGAAAAACACGUAUGUACAGAUUUUCUAAAUUAAUUUGUGUAUGUGUGUGUAUAUGCGCGUAUGUAUACUGAGGUGAAGAGGUUAUUUUUCAGUUUUAUUUCAAAGAUACUUGACAGUGUUUUGAAGUAAUGUAGUGCCUGCUCUGGAACCAUUCGAUAAUAACUAAAUUAAAAAUGAAAAAGUGAUGUAUGAAUUGUUGCACUUGUUUCUUGUUUCUGAUGAUUAUAUAGUUUUGCCACAGUACUAGGUGAAAACACAUAAUGUCUCUUCACAGUUCAGGAAUUUUGCAGAGUGACAAAUGCAGCCUGUGGAUACACACUUGUAUAAAACUCUUUCACAUAAAAUAGGCAUGGUUUAAUAUGAAAGGGGUUUUUUUUAAGUGUACAUGACCACAAGAAGUAGUUAGAUAUAUACACUUUAUGUAUGUUCAGCUAUUCAGUUGCUCAGUUUUUCCUGUCCAAUAUGCAUGUAGUUAAAAAGAAUGUACUUUACUGGGGGCACAUAAACUAAAUACCCAAUUCAAGUGCUUUAAGAGAGAAGGUGCAUUUUAGUUUUAACAUCUUUUGCCUGGUUUCAGUCCAGUGUUAACCCUGCUCUGAGAAGAAAAUAGCACUGUAACUUCCAGAGGUCUCGCCCAGCCUGAAUAAUUACUGUGUGAUUCCGUAUUCUUCAUGUUUAAAGUCAAACUGUCAGGCAUGGGAUUUACACUUCUCCUGUCAUCUGCUGAUCCUUAUUGCUUCUUGCCUCUGCUUGGAACAAGAUCUAAUAUAGAGAUGAAGUUGUACCCCAUUGUUUACAGAACUGACAUGUUUUGCAAUGAAAAAUAUUGUUGCAGAGUGAUUUUUACUUGUCGUGACCCAAUUGUGGCAUUCAUUUUCUGCUGCAUGUGCAAGGGCUUUAAGAGCAUAAAGAAUAACACUUUUAAGUUACAGCAGGUUUUUAACUUACGAGAACUUUGGGUUUGUUUACUGUUGCAUAUAAAACUUUAUUUUGGAGGGCAAGGCUGCCUUUGGUAGAAAGAUAAAAAGCAAUUGAAGAUAAUUCACUAUGUCAGUGAUUCUCAGUCAGGAGAUACAUUUUCACCAGGAUCUGCUGUUUCAAAUGCAGCAUUGUUUGGUGAUGCCUGUCCAUACCAUCCUGAUUCUGAAUCUGGUGAAGGGUUUUUUAUCCCUCGUGGUAAGCUACUGUAUUUUGUUUAAUGGAUUUUAUAUUAAUAAUGAUGCAGUUUGGGGAUAUAAGUGUAUAAUGUAAACAUUUACAUUAUUGCCUUUUAUAAAUUUCUCCAGCAAAAAUUAUCAUUCGUUGUGUUCUGUGAACAGCAUAGUAUAAAUAAGAAAGUUUAUUAAUUUAAUACCUAAUUGAAUUGUAGAGGUGUUUGGGAAUGCCAAAUGGAAGGAUUAACCUUGCCACAAAAUUUGGACUGUGUUUUAAGUCAGCCCACUGAGAGCAGUGCAGCAUGCUCAUAUUGCUAUGUCAGCCUUAUGCUAGUUAUCCACGUAAAAAUAAGUUUUCAUCCUUAAGGACUUGUACUUCAAUACCUUAAAUAAAUGAUUUUGACUUAAAUUUCAGGGGAUGCAGGAUGUCACAUGUUAGUUUACCCCAUUAUGCAUUUCUCCUUAGUUUUCAUAUGCAUCUAUAUUAAUCCUGGAACACAAUUUUCAUACUACAGGCAAGACUAGAAAUGUAGAAAGACUUAGAUUUGUGGCUUAGUAGUACAAAAUAAUCUUUUCAGCCUGAGUAAAUAUGCAUAUAUGCUCUCCUUAUGUCUUCUACAGAUUUUAGUUGAUUCAAAGAAGUCAUGAAUGACUUACAUAAUGUCUCAGGAUUACAGGCACUUUGCUAAAACAAGAGCAUUGCACUUGUGCAUUAGAGUCUAAUGCACUUACGCAUUACAUUAGAUGUAUGCGUUUGGUUAGAUGAGAUGUCACUUGAGCCGUUGUGAGCCUGAACUUCCACCAGUGCAGUUGCGAUGCAAAAGUGAAACUUUGUCCUUAUCCUACCCAUUAUGGAAAAUGCAAAAGCCUUUUUGCCUUUCGUUUGUAACCUCUUACAAGUUUUGCGGCUCUUGUUAUUGUGCCUUCUGAAAGGCAGAACCUCCAUUCGUGCUCAAGGGGAUGCCACUUCAAAGGUGGCUUCACAGAGUUUAUCCCUUCUCUGUUACAUGUUGCCAUUGUUGGCAAACACACCCCAGUAUCUCCUUUUUAUCUGUUUUGGUUGGAAGUCUAGUAUUUAGCUGAGAAUGGAAUAUCCAAGGCUUGAGCACGUGCUCCAUUCUGUUACUUGGGCCUUCACCCCGAAUAAGUGGGAAGAUCAGAUUGCAAAGAGUGGCAUCUUCUUGAACUGACACAGAUCGUUCGACCAGCACAGCCUAUCCCAGACAGUUGACUGUCUUUAUGCACUGGCAUUCCAAUGCGUUUCUGGUUUCAAAUGAUGCUCUUUACUAUAAGCAUGACUGGUUCUGUAUAAGGGAAGAAGGUAUUCUUAUAUCUUUUUCCGGUAAUAACAACAAAUAAGAUUAUAAACAAUAAUUAAAUCUGUGUUAUUUACCGUCUUGCUUCUAAAUAAUUGCUGGAUGAUGAAUUACUUUAUUUUGUUUCCAGGUAUAGUUCAAUUUGCAGCACAAAUGUUGGUAUUGUGUCUUCACUAGUGACAUCCCCUGGUGUAAUGUAACUUAUAGCUAAGACUGCAGUUUGUGCCAAAAUCUUGCCUGGUCAUUUUUGGAGAUGGAUUGAUUUAUCAGCCUGACUUAUCAGGGAGAACAGGUCUGAGUCUCAAAUAGGACUGCAGUAGCAGUAAACACUGUUCACAAAAUGCAAGAAAUUAAAGGUUUCAGUCUCUCUUGUAAUGCUGUGAUAUAUAUAAUUGUUGCAGUGGUAUUAUGCAUGCCCCAAAUAACAAUCCUUAUUAAUAAAAAUAUGUAAUAAAGAAUUAAUUACAUUCA